AUGAAUCAACCUUUUAACAAUCACCUAAUCUUUUCCAAUUUACUACAUCAGCCUUAGCCAAUUACCUAACAUUUUCCCUAUUAAAAUCCUCUAUAAACUUUUUAUUCAUAAUUUUAAGUAGCAUACAAUUUCGCCCCAAUUCAUAACCAAUAGAGUUAGCAAUAUUUUUAAUUAUCCUUGCCAUUUAAUGGAUAUAAUGAUUUUGGUAUUGCUCUUACAUAUCUUAGUCAUUUAUUCUGAUAAUUCAACAUCCUUAUAAAAAACGACUUAGACAAUUGCAAAUACCAAAAAUAGUAAUAAAAUUCAGGAUCCCACACAUCAACUUCUUAUGAACAAAUAAACGCUUCGUGAAUAUAUUCUCUUGAUUCUGAAUGAUAAUGAUCAAAUCCAUUAGAUUUCACAAAAUCUCAAAGAAAUCAACUAAAUUCAAUUAGCAAAGACUUUAGAAUUAUUAGUUAAAAAAUAGUAAUAGCAUAUCAAAAGUAGAGAAGAAUUAAUCAAGUUUUGUUUAAGAAAAGCAUUUAGGUUUAUAUUUUAGAAAAUAUCAGAAAGAAACAACAUUUCAAGUACUAUUAUCAACAAUCUAUUAGAAACUAAUUUAAAAACUGCACGAUAGGAAUUUUUAAAAAUUAUGGAGUAGGAGAAACAUAUCCCAUUAAUAUUACCUUUUGGAAGGAACAGUAAAAACAAAACCAUGAAUAAUGAUUUUUUAAAAGAAGUAUUUUCUUCUCAAAUUUUCCAAAAUUUCUACAAAGAGUUUUUAGGUAUAUUAUAUUCAUAAUUAUAGAUCAUUUAGAUGAUACUAUAUAAGCAGAUAGAAAAAAGAAGAUUGAUAAACUAUAGGAUAAAAUUUGGUUGAGUUUAAGGGAGAAUAGAACCGUAAUUAUGUAUUAGAUUAUUAUAGACUUAAAUUGAUAUUAAACGACUUCCUUGGUCAUUGAAAAAUAUAGAUAGAGUGAAAUCUAUAGCUUUUGAGUUGUUGACAUUUUCAGAAAAUCAUAAAAAUUGA